AUGUCUCCAAAUCCAGAACGCAUCUCUCAUAUCACCCGGCCCUCUUUUACUUACCCAAGUCUUCCGCAAGAGCCUUAUACUACUCGCAUGAUCCGCCUUUUGCCGCAUAAGGAUAAGAGUGCUCCAAUACAGUGUGAGCUGUUCAACUAUGAUUUAUCAGAGACAGGCGUGGGAAUACACCUGUAUCAGGCACUUUCUUAUGUAUGGGGAAGUGAGGAGAAGCCUGAACCAAUCAUUUUGAAUGGCUGUGCUUUCCCUGUCACAGCGAAUCUUCAUACCGCCCUUUCACACCUGCGAAACCGCCAACUUGAAAGAAUACUAUGGGUUGAUGCAAUAUGUAUUAACCAGGGAGAGGAAGAUCAGGGAGAUGAGAAAAGCAAGCAGAUCCCUCUUAUGCGGACCAUUUAUGCACAAGCCGAACGCGUUAUUGUCUGGCUUGGAGAUGCCACAGAAAAUGGCGAUAAAGCCCUUGAAGGAAUUCGUUGCCUUGCGGAAGAACAGGAUACAACCUCCACCCUGGAAACAUCGGAAACCUAUGAUGCGUGUUUGCGCUUGCUGCAACGAGAUUGGUUCAGCCGUAUCUGGGUGCUUCAGGAAGUUGGUGUCGCGCGAUGUAUUUAUAUCAUGUGUGGCUCUGUUUAUAUAAGCGGACAUAUCUUCUGCGAAGGGCUUAGCAGGCUAAGGCUUACUUCGGAUCUCUUGAGCAGGGUUGGCCCUGUCGCUUAUCUUAUAAAAGGUGCACUUUAUCGGCCAGAAUAUGAGCUUGAUUCACGCGGGUCCAUCGUUAUAGGGGAGCUCAUUGGCAUGUAUCAUCAUCAUAAUGCGACCAAGCAGCAUGACAAACUAUAUGCAUUGCUAGGCUUAUGUGCCGACCCGAUGACAGAUGCCCUAGAGCCUAACUAUAACCUCCCAUGGAAGGAGGUGUUCAAGGAGGUCACCGAUUAUCUUUUCCCUGAAUGUUCGGUGGAGACAUGGAAUGAGACAGAAACAGUUGUUAUCAAAGGCAAAGGAUGGAUUUUAGGCCAUGUCAACUCUGCUGAGGAGCAUUUUUCUGAAUUUGGCAAACAGAGAAUUGAAGUUCUCUUCAAUAACACUGCCAAGUCAUUGGGCUGUGAAGACCAUUGGGGAACCGAUUGGAAGCCCCAGGCUUCUGCGGUGUUGAUUGAGGAUGGUGAUAUCAUCUGCCUUCUGAAAGGGGCUUCAAAGCCAAGCAUUAUUCGAUUGUGCAAAGACCAUUUCACCGUCAUCACGCCGGCAGUGACACCUCAGCAACGACAACAGAAAGAGAGUAACCCGUCAGCAAUGCCUCAGGAAAGGUAUUCUACAAGUGGUCUCUGUGAUAUUCUCCUCACAUGGAAAACCCCUCUGACUAAAACAGACUGUAAAGAUAGGUCUGGGAUGAUGUUCCCGCUCAUUAAAACACCAGACUUCCGAGAAGAGCCACUCGAGGCUCAGAAAAGACUGAAACAUACCACGCUAGUAGUGAUAGAUAUUGUCCUGAGGAUGUUAGAGCGGGCAAGGUCCACAACCAAGGCAAUAGAGCAACUACUCCGUCAAAGUGGAACAAAAGAUCCAAUCAUCAGAGAAGUGGGUCCGUAUUUCGACGAUAAAGAUACAACCCCUGCAGUGGCGCUUUCACGAGAUCUCUUGUGGGACGAAGGAGAUGACCUACAAAUCUCAGAAGAAGCAGUCAUAGCUGCAACAACCAAUGCUGGAUCAUAUGGUUUUCUCAUUAUUGAACUCUUCCUGCAGUACCAAGGAGCGAACCUCCCAGUCUCUGAAGAAGUGAGACUCUAUUUCGAUACCGAGGAGAGAAUCUCCCAGUCUCUGAAGAAGUGGUCAAGGUAGCAGCAG